AUGUUUUCUUCCGCCCGUGCUCGUGUGGUCCUGAUCAUCCUGAUUCUAUGUUUUAGUGCCAGUGCAUGGCUGGGCAUUUACACGAAUCCACAUGGUCAGACUCGAUUUGUGAAAUACUUUGCCGCACUGGUUGGCAACGCCACAGCCACAGUUGGUGGUAGACCAAUCCCGAGUUUUGGCAACGCAACAAAACCGACAGACCUCGCUGCCGCAGAGCCAUUAAUACCAUCGACCUGCGGAUGGAAGGCCCCUUAUGCCUGCGGCUGCGCGGAUGACGACAAUGACAUUGCGACCAUGCGCCGAAUACUUUGGAAUCAAACAACUUUGGAGUUGCUGAACGCUGGGCUUAGCCAGCCAAAGUACGAAAAACAUAGCAACUACACGUUCCUACAAGUGCAUGAGGCGGGCUUUGAAGAGCUUCGCCGUAGGUUUGCUGUUUUUUUUGAAAAUCAAGCGGCAUCCAAUAUUUUGUGUGAACACGUUGUCAUCAAGGUGAGUAUUUUUCCCAAAACGCAACUUUCGCGGCGCAGAAUUCAUGAUGUGGAAACUAAGAUAGUUGACACUUACACAGGCCCCAGAGGCUGCGGAAUCUACGUCUUGAGCGAUUGGCAGAUUGCAGCUAUGAAGAGAACAAAUGUAAAUGGUUGGAAUACCGUGGCAUUUCCCACCGAUGAUUUCGUUUCAAACCUGACAAAGAUUGGGAACGAGUCGGAAGCAAACGGGCUCUCCAACGAGCUUCAACGCUUCUUCAAUAUUAUCAAGAUCACCGUGGGUUUCCUUGUCCCUUCGAGCGUCAACAAAGUCACCUUUGGUGAUUGGAAGUGCAACGUGGUGGGUUUCCACCAAGACUCUGAACGGUCCAACAGGAGCAACAUCAGUGACUUUGAGGUGGUUAGGCAUCGUAAAAAUUUCAACAAGAGUCUUGAGUCUGAGUGGAUUGAUAAUCAUGGACGUGUGUUUUCAAGACACGAGUGGGCAGCCCUCCGAGACAUUGAGAGGCUGAAGUUAUUUUUAGGCCCUAACGUGAUAAAGCGCACUGUAAACAUGUCUGACAUUAUGUGUACAACAUGGCAUCUAGGACGGAAAAGACAAGCUCUGGCACGCUUUGCCUUGAGAUGGUUUUGGUAUACUGCUGCUUUUACAAUGCGGCCCCAACUGACUUACAACUUGGCUUUGUUUGAUUGUGGAGAAAGCUUGGCUGUGAAUUACCCGAAACAAACCUGGUAUUGUGGCUUCUGA